GCCAGUGAAAUAUGUGUGUCUGAUAUAUUUCGGUGGUGCUCUGGAUGUCUGUUGACUGUCUUUGGAAGCCGGUGGAUUAUACUGUGAUUAACCAACCACGAACAUUUGUACUGGGGGCUUGUUCAACGGGAACGCAUUGUAUCGGUGUUCAAAAUGAGUAUCGAUACUCUAUUGGAAGCGGCCAGAUAUUUAGAGUGGCAAGCCCAGCAACAACAGAUUACACGUGAGGAGGAGGAGCGGCAAGAGAAGGCUCUGCUGUCCCGUGAGGCCGAGCAAAAGCUCUUUGCCCCCGUUAUCCAGCCUGUCCAAGUUAACCAUGUGACCUGGAUAGACGACAUGCGGCUUGAGCCACAGCGCCACCACCAGCAGCACCCACCAGUCCCGCCCCCUCCCCUCCCACCACCUGUUCCCAUUGCUGUCAUUCCUAUUCCGGUGGUCCCUGCCAACCCUGUGGCCCCUCCCAUUCAGACCGCCUCCCCCCUUCACACAGCUCCGCCCAUGCCAGUUGUCACACCUUUGGCCACAGCCCCAUCCCCGCAUGCUUCCCCUCUUAUCAGCCCAACCAGUAAGGAUGCCUACUCCCCUCCACAACAGCAGCAUCAUCACUUAGUCCCGCAAGUGAAAACAGAAGCCAGCAGCUUGCCUCAGUCAAAUAACAGUCCCAAACAGCAACAACAGACACAGGCUCUGCUGCAGCCUUAUCCAGCCCCGAUCAUCGCUGCUCAGCAUCCACCACAGCAACACGCCCUCUUGCCCCAGCCAACACUACCCCAGCCUCAGCUCACACCAACCCAGAGCCAGUCGAACCAACCGCCUAGGCCUAACGGUGCAGCUGUGGAAGAUGUGCGCAACCUGGAUGGGAAAAGGAGACCAGGAGGAGCUGGAACUCGAGAAGUUCACAACAAACUGGAAAAGAACAGACGAGCACAUCUGAAAGAAUGUUUUGAGACCCUCAAGAAGAACGUUCCUAAUGUGGAUGAGAAGAAAACGUCCAAUCUGAGUGUCUUGAGAAGUGCUCUCCGCUACAUCCAGACUUUGAAGCGAAAAGAAAAGGAGUAUGAGCACGAAAUGGAGCGUUUGGCGCGGGAGAAGAUCGCCACACAGCAGAGACUCGCGGAGCUUAAGAACGAGUUGAGCCAGUGUAUGGACAUCAUUGAGAUCGACAGGAUAAUACGUCAGACUGUCCAACCCGACGAUGACCAGGCCUCCACAUCAACAGCAUCAGAGGGCGAAGACAACUUCGACCAAGAUGGAGAAGACGACAUCCUUUCCUCUCCGUCCUCUGCACCCAAACCACCUGCACCUGUGCCAUUGGAGUCCCAUGCUGCCAUGCUGCCACCACCUAUCCUCCCUGCACACAUUUCUAUACAACACAAAUCCACCACCCCACCUACCGCUCAACCCACUCCAUCCCAGCCUGCUGUGGUCACACCACAAGCAAUCGCCCCCGCGCCUCCAUCCCAUGUGGUCUCCGCUCCUCAGCCGACAGUCAUCACCCAUGCCUCCGUAUCCCAUGCGUCAGUCAUCCAAGCUGUCAACCACGUCAUCCCCGGUGGCCAUAAACAUCUGGCGCACAUUGCGCCCUCUAGUGGCGGCCAACCAAUCGGACACAUCACUGUGCAUCCAGUGGCCCACCUUUACCCGCAAUCGGUGGCUGUCUCGCAGCCAGCGGUGGUGGGACGCAUCACGCACACGCUGGCGCACCACCAUCAUGCCCACGGCCAUAUUAAUGGCACGCCAGUCACAGGCCAGCAGGCCACCAUGUUGGGAAAGCCAACGGCGGUGGUCGCCCACCAUCACACUGGGCUGGUGAGCCAGACGGUGCUCAAUCCAGUGACUAUGGUAACUGUACCGCCGUUUCCCGUGAGCACGCUAAAGUUGGCCUGAGAGGGUGCAGAGAAAGACUUCAACGUCCAAUGAACAUCCUGUGUGCCCCACAAAGCGAGCAGCAGAGAAUACAAGAUAUGAGGUAUCCUCAUUUUUGUCCGAACUAGUUGAGCUAGAUGACAAAGGAUGACUGGAUCCCAAUCAGAAUUUCACUACUGUCCCUACUACAAGAUGGGAUUUCGUCAGGAUCGGAGUGUCCUGUAGCCAGUCAUUCGGGACACAUUCAUGUGGACGGGGCUUGCGUGUCUUUUGCCAUGCAGCAUUAGAAAGACUUGCAUUUAAUGCACUUGCUUUACUAAAUGAUAAGACGGUGGGUGUCAGUCCUGUUGUAACGUGAGAGUGGAGUGCAAAAAACAAAACAAAUUCUCUUUCUUCUUUGUCCCACUUUGUCUAUCUAUCUGUCCUUUUUUCUGUUGUGUUUACUCUCAGAUAUUCAAGCAGUCUGCAAAAAUGCUUUUCUUAUGUUUUACAUUCAUUGAUCAAAAAGAUCCUGAAAAUGUUAAUCAAAAAUUUAGAGUGCUCGAAAAUAAUGCAUAGGUCCAACAAAACAAAGUGUGCGAAUAAACAAAGUUUGUUCAUUUUGGGGCUUUUAAAACGGUCUUUAAAGGAAUAUUCCUGGUUCAGUGCAAGUUAAAAAGGUUGAUUACCACAAAAAAUAAUUUUGACUUGUCCCUUAUUUAUAAAAAUAUAAAUAAAAAUGGCGGUUACAUUAAGGCAUUUACAAUGGAAGUGAAUGGAGCCAGUGCAUAAAUGCUAAAAUACACACUGUUUCGGAGGUAUAGCCACAUGACAUAAACAUUAAAUGUUAAUGAUGUUAACAUGAUUUUAGUGUGAUAAAAUGGCUUACUAACCUUUUCUGCAUGAAGUUAUAUCCAAUAUUACAACUUCGUCAUCAUGACAGUGUAACCCCUUAAGCAAUUUUAUCACUCUACAAACAUGUAGAUCCAAUUUUAUCACACUAAAAUCAUGUAAACAGAUAUAAUGUUUAUGUCUUGUGGCUAUACCUUUGAAACUGUGUAUUUUAAAGUUUAUGCAUUGGCACCAUUCAUUUCCAUUGUGCCUUAAUGUAACUGCAAUUUUUGCUUUUUUUAAUACACAAGUCAAAAUAUUGUCUGUGCUAAUCAACAUAAUGCUACAAAUGCUAUUAUUGGGUUUAACUUGUAUUGAACCCGGAAUUCCAAAUGUGCCUAAGCUCCAAAUCAAGCUCAGUGGCGCCACCUGCAGCCUUUGCAAUGCAACGACAUUGCUGAGUUUAUACACAUGCGCAUGAGACUGCCAUGACCUGACCUAGCGUCACCGCCAUCUGUUGGUACCCACGAAACACAGCGAGUCUUAAAGCGUCCAGUUGGAUGGCGAAACGCAACAAACUGUAACAUAAUUUAACACAAUGGUUCACCCAAAAUGAAAAUUCUGUCAUCAUUUACUUACCCUAAUGUUGUUCCAAACCCAAAUGACUUACUUUCUUCCGUGGAGCACAAAAGGAGAUGUUAAGCAGUAUGUUAGGGACUGACAGCCUCCGUCACCAUUCACUUUCACUUGUGUGGGGGGAAAAAGCCCAUGAAUGUGGAUGGUGACUGAGGCUAACAUUCUUUCUAAAAUGUUAGAAAAUUAUGAGGAUUCGUAAGUGAUGACAGAAUGUUCUAAAAUCUUUAAUGAUCAAGAGAGACCUGUAUGCAGCGCACUGACACGUUGAAAGUACAUUCAAGCAUUUACUACCAGCAAGUGCUCCGAAUAUUUAACAUUUAAUAAUGCUUAGAUUAAGCAUACUUUAUGAACAUUUCAAACCAUUAAAAUCUUUUACUAUGGAUAUGUUGGGCAUUUUUUUUCUCUCUUCAAAUCAACAGCAUUACCAACAUUCUCAUGUGUUUUACAGUUGUAGCAACAUGAUAAUUAAAACUUCAAAUGAAGUCUUAGGCCACGUCCACACAAUGAUAAUUUCGUUUGGGGACUCAAAAUGAAAUGGAUUCACUUUUCUAUUGUCAUUGUUUUCCAAAGUAUGCAGUAAUGGAGAGAAAUGGAUAAGAGGCGUAAACCUAGCGAAAUCAUUGCAUUCUCAAACAAAAACAUACUAUUGUGGAUGUGAAAUAGAAUACGCAAACACAAAUUCCGUGCACACAUAGAUGCCAUUUAAUGUGGCCACAAUAGUCCAGUGUAAAUUGGUGCUGUUAUAUGCAUCUAUACUGUGUUCAUCAUGUAGUACCUACAUGCUGUGCAGCCAUUUUCAUUUGUUGCUUUCAUUUUUAUGCGUAAUUGUGUGAACUGUUGUGGUAGGCAGAUUGUGUAUAAGCAUUUGGUUUUAUGGGGUUAAAAAACAUGCUGUUUUCUAUUGCAAACAAGACUAUUGUUAUCAGGAUAAAAGCCCCUUUACCAAUAGCAGUGUAAUGCCUCUCUCAGUGUUGUCAUUCUUAAUGUUGCUUUUUGAAUACACUCACAUGGUUUAACCUGAAGAAAAAAAAAAAAAACAUGUUGCCAUCUUACCCUGUUACCCUGUCUAAACCCAACGGUUUACUGAUGAUGGUUGAUUAUACCAUGUUAAAGGGAUAAUUCACCCAAAAAGGAAAAUUCUGUAAUUUACUCACCCUCAUAUUGUUCAAAAACCCGUACGACUUCCUUCCUUCCAUGGAACACAA